CGCGCUGGUGUGCGAGUAUGCGAGAGCCAUAAUUGGGAAUCAUAACCUGAAAUUUCCAGGUAUUCAUAAACAUCAACGAUACGUUAGGAAAUAAUCACAUAUUAAUUGAGUGCACAACUAUUAAUGACUGCAUUUUUUUCUAUGAUUACACGAAUUUCGGUCAUUUAAUAUCAAUUUGUUUACUGCGCGCAAUAUCAACAAUAGGAUCAAUAAACAUUAAAGUUGGAUCUUGUUUUAUUAUAGAUUUACGGGAAACUCUGAAAUUAUUUUUAAUUGAAUUAAGCUAAGCACUAGAUUACUUGAAAGCUAUUGUGCUUCACAGUUUAAUAAUCUAAAUUUUUUUAGCAUACAGUUUGGUUUAAAUAAAGAAAUUGUAUCCAGCAAUUGUAUAUUAAUAUACAAUAAUGAAGUGUCACUAUGAAAUAUUAGGAGUUGAAAGAAACGCUUCUGACAAUGAUAUAAAAAAAGCAUACAGGAAGCUAGCAUUAAAAUGGCAUCCAGAUAAGAACCUUGAUAAUCCAAAUGAAGCAAAGGAACAAUUUCAACUUGUCCAACAAGCAUGGGAGAUACUGAGUGAUCCCCAUGAGCGUACCUGGUACGACAAUCAUCGAGAAGCCAUCCUGAAGGGUGGUAUUGGAGAAAAUUACAAGGACGACUCCAUUAAUCUUUUCCCAUACUUCUCCACUACAUGCUUCAAGGGUUAUAAGGAUGAUGAGACAGGUUUCUACACUGUUUAUCGAAAUGUCUUCGAAAAAUUAGUCGCGGAGGACGCCGAAUUUGCUAAAGACGAUGAGUUUGUUGAUGAGGUCCCUGGCUUCGGCGAUUCUCUGAGUUCCUAUGAAGAUGUAGUGCAUGAUUUCUAUGCCUACUGGCAAAGUUACAGCACCAAGAAAUCCUAUGCUUGGUUGGAUCCAUACGAUAUACGUGAGAUGCCAAACCGGCGUGUCUUCAGGCUCGCUGAGAAAGAGAAUAAGAAAGUACGCGAAAAGGCGAAACGUGAGAGAAAUGAGCAAGUGCGUAAUCUGGUCGCUUUCGUCCGUAAACGUGACAAGCGAGUGCAAGCUUACGCGGAGAAGUUGGCCGAACGUGCUCGCGAGAACUUUCGCAAGGCAGAAGAGCGCAGGAAGGCGCAUUUGUUGGAGAGGCAGAAACUGUUGCAUGAUCACAACGAAUCCGAGUGGUCCAAAUUCUCGAAUAUUGAGGCGGAACUGAAAAAGAUAGAGGCGAAUCUGACAGCGGAAUUUGGAAUGGACAGUAAGGAAGCAAUCACGGAGAAAAACAACAUACUUUAUUGCAUCGCCUGCAAUAAGAUUUUCAAAACGCACAAAGCCUUUACGAACCAUGAGAACUCGAGAAAGCACAAAGAAAAUGUCAGCAUGCUCAAGCACCUCACAAUAGAUGAUAACGACGAUCUCCUUGACAAUUCUCGUGAAAGCGAUUCAAGCACAGAAUCAAUUUCUCUAAAUGAGCUCAAGUUAGCAACAAACUCGCAAAUGCCCGAUUUCUUACUGAACCCCCAGAGUGACAUGACACAACCAGAUGAUGAGAACAAUGAAGAUACUUCUUCAGCCGAACUAAUGUCAGACGAUGAAAAAAAUUCAGAAUCGAUAAACGAAAAAAGAAAGAUGGAUAAUGGAGAUAUUCCAUUAGCUACAGAACCACAGAUGAGUGAAAGCAUUUCGUUCUCCUCUAAGAUAGAAAAUGAGGAUGAUAACAUAACAUCCGAAGACGAAUUAAUAUCUGAUCAGGAAGAAGAAAUCCCAUUGUCAUAUCCUCAGAAAAAGAAAAAAAAGCGGAAUGCUCUAAAUCUACAUACUAUGAUGGAUCAUGCUAGUGACGAGGACACGGAAAGUACGAAUGAAGAAAUGUGGUUAUCGAAAAAACAACGCAAAAAAUUACAGCAAAAGAAGGUAACAAAGAAUAAGGUACAAAAUAAUGAAGAGACACACAAUAAGAAGAUACAACAAGCAAAUGACGAAAGCGAACUAGCAAGAAGCGAACUAGAAGAAACAGAUAUUGUUAAUGAAAGGCUAAAAAGCAGUAAAAUAAAGAAAGCAUGCAAAAAAGAAGACCGAGAGAAUAAGAGUAAAAAUAAAACAGAUCCAAUCAUAAAUGUUGAUGAUCAUUGCUGCAUUUCUUGCUCAUUGAAAUUUCCUAGCAAAAACAAAUUAUUUGAACAUUUAAAGAAAACUGGACAUUCGGUGUAUAUACCAGAAUUAAUGAAAAAUAAAAAGGAGAAACAAAAAAAAGAAAAGACAGUGCCCAAAGGAAAAGAUACUUCAGAUAAAAAAAGACGUUGAACUUAAUAAAGAAAAUAUCGCGUGCGCAUGAGAUGUUAAUUAUUGUUAAUUUAUUACGAGUGAUGUGACAGUCGUUUAUGCAAGUCCAUAUGUUCAAAUAUAUCAUAAGAAUCGUAUUCUUUGUGUACAUAUUGUACAAAGUAUAAAAAUAUUAAAAUAAUGUAGUUAUUAUGAAUUAUGUUUGAUGAGGUAGAACUAUUAUAUCGAGUUCCUUUGCAACAUUUAUAAUGAUUCAGAAAUAAAAAUUAACAAAUAUGCUACUAAUGUGCUUUAAGCAGAAGCAACAAAAAUUAAAAUUAUAAUACACGUUAUUAUAUUAUAAACAUACCACAAAUGAUUUUGUAACAAAUCAUAUUCAACAAUAAAUGCAAUAAUACCUCAUUAAAAUAAUAUAUUGUGAAUAUAUUUUCCUUUUCCGACAAUAUUUUAAGUUUAUCAAGAUA